ACGAGGCUGCUAUACGUCAUCUAGCCAUCUGUUGGAAAACUGUUCUCUUCUCGGAACAAAUAAUUUCCGCGUACCGGCGCAUAGUAUCCGAGCAUAUUUUCGCGCCAAAUAGAGGUUAUUUAUUUCACCCAAAGACUUCUAGACGUUCUAAAAGUCCUUUACGAUAAUUCUCCCCAGGCCUGUUGGUUUCGCCGUUGGACUUUUCGCGACUGUCGAAGACACCUCCUUUUUCUCGCUUCGCUCGAGGGAGAUGAAUACCCUGCCCGUAAAGUCAGCGGCUAACCCGUUUAUACCGGAACACGUGGUAUAUGCCAACACCAAAAAGAUGGCGGACAAAUCGCGUCUUGACACUACUGUUGUGUUCUUAACGUUUAUUUUAAACAUGUCUGUAGCGAACAUAUCUGGAUUUGUGAGACUGGAGCCGGGGAAACCGCUAGUUAAUCAGGUUCUGUACCACAGAAAGACAGUAGUGUACCAUUUGGUUCAACUGCAGCCAAGCAGAAGUUAUGAGUUAAGGAUAUCGUAUCCUUCAACUGUAAGUUAUUUCUCUAGAUUGUAUAUCGUUUUUGAAUAACCAGGGUCACUGUGCUGUUGCUUCUUGUAAAAUUGUUGUUAUUAAGAGUCCCUGUCCAUAAAUAUGGAAAAUAACUCGGCAAGGGUCGAAAAUUCG